GUUGCGCACUCUCUCUCUCUCCAUCUCUCUCUCCCUCUCUCCAUCUCUCUCUCUCUCUCUCUCCGGAGGCUCCCUAACGCACACGCGCGCGCAAACACACACACACAACCACACUUACAAGAGGCCACGUACACGCGGACGGACGCGUGCACACGCAGAAGAGCCACGCAAGUGUCGCCGCGCGUGGGACUCCGCCGCAUUUGCUUUCGGCCGUGCUUGCUCAGAGGAGGAGGACGCGGCGGGAUGCGCACCUAAACAAGUGUCUCCUCUCGAGCCGGACGCCGAGACGCAUCGCAGGAGACAAGGCGCAAAUUCUUUGCUUCUUUGUGCGCGCGUCGCACUCUCGUCGUUUGGAUUGAUCGAUCCGGUCCUCGAAGCUCCCCUCCCUCACCUCACGCCAAGUGACAAAAGUUGCGCGGACUACAUGGAUUUCUGACGUGGCCGCGUUUUUUCUUGUGUGUGCGUGCGUGUGCGCGCGCGCGCUCCUGCCACCGACUCGUCCCCGAGCACCCAAGGGUGCGCUCCUCGUCACUCACCUUGUUGACGCACCCCUGAAGAUCCAGAGGGGGGAGGGGGGCGACAUAUAUCCCCCAGCUCCGAGAGACACGCGCCACAUCGCUGGAGCGUUCCGAACCGAGCCGUGAAUGAGAUCCGCUCACCUGCCGCGACACCGACGACGAGGAAUACGUGGCCAAGUUUUGCCGUAGUGAUGCUGCAGGUGGAAAUGAUCCUCGCCGUCUGCCUGGGGCUGUGGAUGUGUGUUUUUAGCCAGGAGCCCAGUUCCAAAGUGGUGGCCGACCGCUACGCCGUCUUCUGGAACCGGACCAACGCCAAAUUCCAUCGCGGUGACUAUCACAUUGACGUGUGCAUAAAUGACUACCUGGACGUCUACUGCCCGCACUACGCCGACUCGGUACCCGAGGAGCGGACGGAGCGCUACGUCCUCUACAUGGUCAACUACGACGGCUACAGCACGUGCGACCACACCUUCAAGGGCUUCAAGCGCUGGGAGUGCAACCGGCCGCACUCGCCAAACGGGCCGCUCAAGUUCUCGGAGAAGUUCCAGCUUUUCACCCCGUUCUCCUUGGGCUUUGAGUUCAGACCGGGCAGAGAAUACUACUACAUCUCCUCCACCGUCGCCGAGAACGGGAAGAAAACCUGCCUGAAGCUGAAAGUUUUCGUCCGACCAUCAAACAGCUGUGUGAGAACUAUAGGUGUACAUGACCGUGUUUUUGAUGUAAACGACAAAGUAGACAAUACGUUAGAACCAAGAGACGACACGAGCCACGAACCGGCUGAGCCGUCCCGAAGCGAGGAGACAAACGCUGCGCCGCAUCUGCCCCCGUCCACCCUACUUCUGGCUUCACUGCUGCUCUGCCUGGCGGCGCUCUUCAGCUUAUAGCGCCCCCGCCUGUCCCGGAGGGGCAACUUACACCCAGCGUGGCCUGAAUCUGCCCGAAGUUGUGGGGGGCAAGGGGCAGGAUUUGAGGGUGGAGCUUGUUUGGCUUGAUUGGCAGGCUUCCUGAGGAAUCCCUCGAUUUUUGUUUUUCCCCCAAAGUUUGAAGCGGCUCACCGGUCGAAGCGUCUCAAUAAAUAAAUAAACAGGAGCGACACACCCCACAACCCCGUCGCAAGCCUAAGAUGCCAAAUCUUCUUUUUUUUUUUUUUUUGUUCUGACACUUAUUGGUUCUUACUUUCCUGUGACAGCGCUUUACAUCACUUAUAACCAUUGCAGCACACACAGAUGCAGUACACACACACACACGAAUACA